CCGAACCGAACACUCCCCACCGUCCUUGCCUCGGUAUCCAGCGUCCCUGGAAGCCAACCCUCUUUGAAUAACGACCCCGAGAGAGAGAGAGAGAGAGAGAGAGAGAGCAAUGGCGGAUGGGGGAAGAGAGGUAAGGGUGCAGAACGUGUGGGUGAUGCGGCACGGGGACCGGAUCGACGACCAGGAGCCGCUGUGGGUGGCACACGCGAAGCGGCCGUGGGACCCGCCGCUCGCCGAGGGGGGCCUGAUCCGGGCGUGGACCGCCGGGAAGCGGCUGCGCGGCGCCGGCGUCCCCAUCCACCGCGUCGUCGUGUCCCCCUUCCUCCGGUGCCUGCAGACCGCCGCCGAGGUCAUCCGCGCCCUCUGUUGCGUCGUCGACGACGAUAGUCGCCUCCUCGCCAUGGAGACCAGCCAGGACGCCGUCCUCGAUCCCUCUCGUGUUAAGGUCUCGAUUGAGUACGGAUUAUCUGAGAUGCUAAACUCAGAAGCAAUAGGUAGUACAGUGGCUCCAAAAGAUAAAAACUGGUUUCCUCAUAUCUCUGAUCUUGGAGCUUUGUUGCCAUCUGGAACGUUGGAUCAGUUUGCAGAGAGUGUUUAUAAAGAGUUGCCUCAUUGGGAGGAAUCUGUGCUUGAAGCAAGAAAAAGAUAUGUGAGUGUUAUUGGUGCUCUUGCUGAAAAAUAUCCCAAUGAAAACUUGCUGCUAGUCUCACAUGGUGAGGCUAUUGGUGUUUCUAUCACUUCAGCUCUGGAGGAUUCUAUGGUUUUUGAUGUAGAAUACUGUGCAAGCUGUCACUUGCAAAGAAAAAUAUUAUCAAACCCUUCACAGUCCUUCAAUUCUGAAGAUUUUAAGGUCAUCACAGAGAGUGGCCAAACAGGUAUAGCUUAUGGUCGUACCUCCUGAUUUUUCGUGAUAUGAAACUGAAGCAUAUGACAAGCUUCUAUCAGGUUUUGAUCUCAUUUCAAAUAGUUCUGGUUUUCUGAAGACCUUUUUAGCACCAAAACAUAUUUGUUAUUGUUGCUGCUGUUAAACACAUGAAACGCUUUAUUUUUGUGUCGUUGAUUCUUUUGCCAUGGUUGCAGUUUUAUCUAUGCUGAACCUUUUUAUGGAUAUAAAAUAUAUAAUGAUGGAUCUAGAAAAGUCUCUAUAUCCUGUUAGCUGGAGUUCACUAGUCAUUCAUACUGGUAAAGCAUAAAAUCAAAAGAAAUGCCUGCACAAAGAUCUUGUGCCUUUUGGUCACAUGUAAAUCAUUGGCAGAGUGAUUGUUGUGUUGUUGCCAUAAAUCAUUAUUACUGUGUAUGCCAGAUUAAAACUUAUCUUCCUA